UGGCGACUACUAGCGACGAUAGAGGCUAAACGGAUGAACGGAUGUACGCUGUGGUUUGUGGUUGUUACAAGAAAUCGUUUGUUUGAGUUCCGAUUUUGCGCAGCAGCGUCAACUGUGUUUACUCGGCAGAAGUACAAAGCAGUUUGCAGUGUAUUGUACGAUGUCCGGUUCUGACGAAGCAGAUGUUUAUGAGGUGGAGAAGAUAUUAAAGCACCGGAUCCGUGGCCAGGGCAAAAAGAAAAUUGAAGAGUAUCUUAUAAGGUGGAAAAACUUCGGUCCGAGUGAAGAUACUUGGGAACCUAGGAAGAACCUGUUGGAUUGUGAGGAACUGUUAAUAGAAUUUGAAAAAAACUUGACCAAGGCAGAGAACCUGCCGAAGAAUGAAGGGACUGAAGGGACAGAACUGAUGCCUACACCACCACCACAAAAGUCGCCAAGACACUUUGACAGUGUUUUGGAGGUGUCCGCUAGCAAGACAUUGGAGGCAGCUGAAAUCAUUACUCGGCGACGUCUGCAAAUUGGCCAGUGGCAGCAAGAGAAAAAUGGAAGCAAAAAUACAGCCAAGGUUGCACAAGUGACUCAAGGCAAACCUUCAACAAGGCACUCUAAAUGGCUGUAUGGGACUGCCUGUCUGGGUCUUUUCAUGCUUGUUGGCAUGCUCCUUGUAUUCUGUAAAGGAGGUGAUGUUUCUGCCUUGAAAGAGAUGUGGAAACAGUGGCCGUCUCUUGGCAUCCUGCAAUAACAGUAAAAAAAAAUCACAGGAGCUGCCAUGCAUCUUUACAGAGUUAAGAGCAUUGUUAUACAACACUGCCUUAAAGGGACCCUCAACGAUUUUGACGAUUUUGUACAAACGUACUGAGUCGUUAGAGUAAGUUCUUCUGAGCAUUAAUUGACGCAUCUAUGUGUUUCGCGUAAAGCGUGUAAUUUAUUAUAAGGUUUUAAAGAUGUACAUCGCUGCCGAUCGCAGCACACUGCUCAGCGGAAUUUUCAGCCGCCCAUACCCAUCUGACAUAAAUCACCCAAUUGACGUCAGUAGGGCGAGCUAUCCGAUUAGCUACCCAGGGCGCGUCAUCGAUAAUUUUUCCACCUUUAUGGUGAACAGAUGAUCCUCGUAAUAGUUGGAAUGUUAGGUAAUUUGUUUCUAUAAAAAGAAUGUAACAGGAAGAGAAUGCACAAGAAAAAUUUCUCACUGCGCUUACGCACUUCCGGCACACAGCAAGCAUUGUCUGCUUGUGUUAACGUGCUGCAUUUUGACGAGAGCUCCGCGGUCAGAGUCCAUCUCAGUCUUUUCGCGAGCACUAUGAUUCGGCUUUGUUGCGUUGUGGACUGCAAACGUAGCAACUGGCAAUAUGUCGAGCUGCGACAUCGUGUCUCUCUGCACGGCAGCAGACGAGCUGACUGCCUACGUCGCAUCGGACCCCCGCUAUCUGAUCAACACCAGGAUUUGCGUAUUUGCAGCCAUCGCUUUACACCGGAAGAUUACUAAUGCAAGCGCAAGGGACAGGGCCUGGCCAUUUGACCGUGUCGUUUCACGGGAUGAGCAGAAGCACAAAUGUGAAUGGUCUGCAUGGUGCAGCCACCUGGUGGCACAGGCCUCAACCACGCACAGUAGCAGCAACGAAAUGCUCUCAACGCACGCUGCUUCGGUAGCUCUCGCUUGGUGUCGACUGCCAAGCAGCUGGCGGAGAGUUUGGAGAGGCUUCGUGCGCUCGCUCCUAGAGAACCAGAAGGAGACGACACGACAUGUCAUCAUGACGCAGAGCCAGUGAAGGCGGAGCUUAGCCCCGAUCACUCGGCGAACGAGUUGAGAAAAUGCAUGACUAUGGAGGAGGGUAACUUGUGAUUGUCCGUAGCUCUCUUACUAUGAGACGUUUCACACAAGUUUUGGUGCGAAUGAUUAAAUUUAGCUGUACCCUACACGUCUACAAAAUUUGUCCGAACCGUUUCAGGGGCCCUUUAAUGACAUUAAAUAAUCAUGACUUGCAAAGGUAAAAAGGCAAUGUCCCAAGACCAAGAUGCAA